GGCCCACGUGGACAACAUUGACACUGCGCGGCGACGUCACAGCCCUGCGGUCAAGGCAUUGCCAUGGCCUCCAGUUUCCGUGACCCUGUCCGUGAAAUCCUCGGCCGGAGCUUCGGCUUUCAGUCUUUUCGCUCUCAGCGACAGGAGAGCGCGGCUAGGGCCGUUUUGAGAGGUGACAAGGAUGUCUUUAUCUGCAUGCCAACAGGGGCUGGGAAAUCUCUCUGUUACCAGUUACCGGCUGUACUUGCUGAGGGUGUCACCAUCGUGAUCUCCCCACUGAUUGCUCUUAUUCAAGACCAGAUUGAACACAUGAGUGUGCUGAAGAUCAGAGCGUGCUCCCUGAAUUCCAAGCUGUCCGUUGAGGAGCGAAAAAUGGUCCUUUCUGACUUGAAUUCUGAGAAGCCUGGCAUCAAACUGCUCUACAUCACCCCAGAGAUGGCAGCUUCCAACACCAUGCAUUCCAUCUUCGACUCCCUGUUGGCCCGAAAUCUCCUGUCAUACCUGGUCAUCGAUGAGGCUCAUUGUGUAUCACAGUGGGGACAUGACUUUCGACCGGAUUACCUCAAACUUGGGUCUUUACGCAGUAAGGCUCCUGGUAUCCCCUGCGUGGCUUUGACUGCUACAGCUCCGCAGAAGGUGCAAGAUGACAUUAUAGCAGCUCUUCAGCUGAAGCAGCCCAUUGCAGUCUUCAAAAGUCCUUGCUUCAGAGCUAAUCUAUUCUAUGAUAUUGUCUUCAAAGAUAUCUUGAGUGAACCCUACCUCAAUCUGAAGGCUUUCUGUGAAAAGGCUCUGGGACAGAAGAACUCUACAGGGCAAUUCGAUAGCUGUGGCAUAAUAUAUUGUCGGACCAGGGAUGGGUGUCAAGAGUUGGCAGAGGAACUAACACGCAGAGGGUUGGAAGCCAAGGCUUACCAUGCAGGUCUUAAGAAUUCAGAGCGCACUGUGGUGCAGGAGGAGUGGAUGGAAGGCAAAGUGCCAGUGAUUGUGGCAACCAUCAGCUUUGGGAUGGGUGUAGACAAGGCUAAUGUCAGAUUUGUUGCCCAUUGGAAUCUUGCAAAAUCAAUGGCUGCUUAUUACCAAGAAUCUGGGAGAGCAGGGAGAGAUGGGAAGCCCUCGUUUUGCCGUAUUUAUUACUCCAGAAUUGAUCGGGAGAACAUCAGUUUUCUGAUCAAGAAAGAGAUCGCUCAGAAGCAGAGCAAGAGAGGAUCUGUAAAGAGUUUUGACAAAUCCUCCCUCGAUGGCUUUGAGACUCUGGUUUCCUUCUGUGAGCAGCCAGGGUGUCGACAUGCAGCCAUUGCCAAGUAUUUUGGAGAUGAGGUGCCAGCCUGUAAUCGAACCUGUGAUCACUGUAAGAAUCCAGAGAUUGUGAUGAGACAGCUAGAUUCCCUUCAGAGAUUCGAAAUCAGCAAGGCUCAGACGUCUGUUCAAAUGCCUACAUCCCAGGGGCCAUUUGGUUACAUCCACGAUCUGUAUGAAGGAGGAAGGAAGGGCUAUGGCUUUGAAAGAUAUGGUAAUGAAGAUGGUGAUAAUGAAUCAGAUGGAGAAAAUGAGUCCAGAAAAAAGGAAUGGAGCGCAUUUUUUCAUAAACAGAUGAAGCUACGGAAGAAUGGAGAGCCUGAAAAGGAUAACUUUGUACCACCUGAUCCUGACUGUCCCCUCCGAGAUGCAGCUAAUCGGAAAAUACCCAAGUUGUCUGUCAAGGCACGUGAACACUGUCUUCACAUGUUGGAGGAGGCACUGACCAAGAAUAAACAGGAAAUUGCAAAGCCAGAGUGGACAGACCCUCACUCAUGUGCUGUACAGAUGGAAUAUGAAGCUUUCAAAAUCAGCAAGAUGGCUAACUUAUACAAAGCACUGGUGCUAAAAAAGGUUGGAGAAAUUAAUAAGUCAACACAAAAUAAGCCUUUGCAUCCAAAACGGACAGAAAUGGACACUGAAGUAGCAUCAACAGAUUGUGAAAAAGAUGGUGAAACAUUUAUUGCUGCAUCACAGGUCUAUUCUUUCAAACGAAAGCGUGUGGGAGUAGGAGGUCAGAGUUUAUCCAGCCCAUUCCGAACUGCAGGAGAGAUGCUGAAGAACUCGGUGCGAGUGAACAGUGAGCAGAAGAAUAAUACUAGCUCAGAAAGCCCAAUAUACCAGUCAGAUGGAAUGAGAAAGAAAGAAAUUACAAGAUCCCUAGAAGUCAUGAAACCCUCUGCACAUGCUAACGAGAGGACAUCUCAGUGCUCACCUCACCACACCAGUCCCAGCAAGAGGAAACCCACCAAAAAGCAAUUGCUGGCAGACAGUGCCAAGAAAGACUCUCAGAAUAUUACCAAAUUCUUCCGGCAGAGCAAAUCUCAAGGAGCAGCAGAUGCAUCAGUCAAAGUCCCCAGUGAGGGCUGCAGCACCUUUGAUAAUGAUAUACCAGAAGAAAGGGACAACACGAGAACAUCCUCUUCCACUUCUGCCUUGUCUGGGGAACUGGGAUCUCUUCCAGAUUUUGAUAAAGUGACUAAGACUGGAAAUAAGGACAUGGUACAAAAAUGUUUACUGACCCAUCAUGACAUGGAGGAGAAGACAAGGUGGUAGAGGCUGAAAGCAUUGGAAAGUGCUGUUGAAGAACCCUUUGGUGAGUUACUGUAGUAUGUCCUGUACAUACUGCUGCAAUUAUGUGUUGAGGGUGCAAGAAGGAAUGAUGGAUGGAAUACACAGUCAAAUGGGCUGCUUUGUGUCAAGCCUCUUGAGUGUUAUUAGAUCUGCAUUCAGGCAGUUAGACAGUAUUCCAUAACAAUCCCGACUUGUGCCUUAGACAGUGCCUUAGAUGGUGGACAGGCCUUGAAGAGACAGGAUGAGAGUUAUUCAGCAAUGGUAAUACCAUUGAAUGUCAAGGGACAAUAGUUGAAUUCUCUGAUGUUGCAGAUGAACAUUGCCUAGCACUUAUGCACAGUAUGACAACCCUUUAGUCCAAACGUUUGCACUCAUUGACAUAUUUUCCACAUUUGAAGUCACUAGGUGAUUUAGAUCGUAAGAAAAAAGAACAGAAGUAGGCCAUUCAGCCUAUCGACCCUGCUUCACUGUUCAUUUAGAUCAUGACUUGACUUGCCUCGUAACCCUUGAUUCUCUUGUCAUUAAAAAUCUAUCUAACUCAGCCUUGAAUAUAUUCUACUACUCUCUAGGAUGCAGCAUAUAAACCUUCUGGGGGAAACAAGAUCUUCUUUUCUCCCUUAAAUGGGAGAUACUGUGUUAGGACCUGUUCUAGAUUCCCUGAUAUGGUGGAAACAGUUAUUCAGCAUGUACUGUGUCAAAACCCCUCACAGUGUGUUUCGAUAAGAUUACGUUAUUUAUCCAAACUCCUGAGAGUGUAGGCCAAGUUUGCUCCACAUUUUCUGAAGAUAAAUACCUGAAUCAUAGGAAUUGAGUAAACCUUCUCCAACUGCCCGCAAUGUAAGCUUAUCACUCUUUAAACAAAUUACAUAUAAGCAAAGUUAGACAUUACUUGAGAUGCUUCUACUGCCCUGUACAAUUGUAGCAAGAUUUUAUGCUCUACUCCGUUUAUAAUGAAUUUCAACAUUCCAGUUCUCAUUGACUAUGAACUGCUAAUAUUUUGUAUUACUGUCGUAGGUGUAAAGUUGUACAGGGACAAACUUAUUUGGUAAGCCAUUCUGAAAUGCUGAAACGAAAAGCAGCCUUUUGCUUUGUAGAGAUGGUGACAUAAUACACAAUUGCAACACAACCCAGCAAGAGUUAUAUAUGUGUAAGCUCAUUAUCAACAACCUUGGGGUUACCAUUGACUAGAAACUGACUCCCCUUGUAAACACAAUGGUUACAACAGCAGGUCAGAGGCUUAGAGAACUGCAGUGAGUACCUCACCUCCUGACUCCUACAAGGUUGUCUGUCAACUAUACGGCACAAGUCAGGAGUAUUAUGGAAUGUUUCCCACUUGCCCAGAUGAUUACAGCUCCAACAGCACUCAAAGAAGUUGACACUAUCCACGACAAAGUGUACUGCUUGAUUAGCACCACAUCCGGAAGAAUUUAUUCCCGCCACCACUGAUGCUUAGUAACAACAAUGUGUACUGUGUAUAGAAAUUCACCAAAGAUCCUUAGCAUCUUCCAAACCCACGAACACUUCUGUUUGGAAGGUCAAUGGUAACAGCUACGUGAACGCCACGACUUGCAAGUUUCCCUCCAAACCAUUUACCAUCUGGGUCAAAAUCCUAGAAUUCCCCCCACUGUGGUCAUUGUAGAGCUACCUACGGUCCAUGGGCUGUGUAGCCAUUAAAGAAGACAGCUCACCAUUACCUACUCAAGAGAAAAUGGAAUGGGCAAUAAAAUUUCUGCUCAGCGAGCAAUGCCCAAGAGUGAAUAAAGAAUAAUACUCAAUCUAGGUGCUUCUGCUGCAUAUGCCCUUACAAUCAGAAUUGUGCUUGAGAAGGCAUUUUAAGCAAAUGUUCAUCCAAUAAAGAACAAAAUCUUCUUUUAUCAUGCAUAAUUUGUUUUUUUUCUUGUUUUGUAAGGUUAAUUCUACUCUGCUCCCCCGCUUCCCCACCACCUCCCCAUAAUCUUAAAUUUACAAUACCAAAGGUAUUAAUUUUGGUAAGCUGAUUACCUGCUCAGCAUCUAGUACUGCACUCAAAUUUGUCACAGUCCUUUCAUAUCACUGAAUAGAGAUUGAGUGGGCACCAUGGCUCUUCUAUCAUCGUUCCCACAAUGUAUAUUCACUGGGAGCAAUUGCUUCUUCAAGUGGAUCCCAUCACUUUUGCUUGUCAGAGUUGAUUUUCAUUACCCAAUAAUAGUUUACUCAAGGCGUGAAACCAGGUGAACUGAAUAUUCAUAUAUUCUGUAGAUGCUCUCAAAUGCUAUUCUCAAGAAGAUAUCUGGUUCGUCAAUUUGUUAGUGUUUUUCAGCAAACGAACAUAAAUGAUUGGACUUGAUCAAUAUGAUUUCACUUUGCAUACUCAUGCAAAAAAUGUUAUACUUCCCUGAAUCAGCAGGUCUUCUUGCUUGACUUUAAACAAAACUAAUUCUCAAAUAAGCUCCAACUACCUUCUGAACUUAGUCAAAGCUUGCUUUUACAGCUUUUUGUUUAAAACCUGUCUGUUUUUACCACUCAGAUAGUAAGAACUGCCGAUGCUGGAGUCAGAGACAGCACAGUAUGGAGCUGGAGGAAUACAGCAGGCCAGGCCUAGCUCCUCUGAUGCUGCCUGGCCGUGAUGGAUAGUGGGCUGUUUGAUGUUCAACUCCUCAUCCUUAUGUGGAAAUCAUCUUGUCUCAGACUACCCCGAGUGGCUGACUUACCACCGGGACCCCCUGACCUAAGUCUAUCCUGUUUGACUGAGGUUUGCUGACAGCCACGAGAAGCUUCCUUUUGAUCUACACUAAACAGGAAAGCAAGACAGAAGUAAUAUGAGCCUUGUUUGUUUGGCUGAGGAGGCAAAGUGCAAAAAUACGCUACAAGUAAGGGAUGCUGUGAGCAUCCAAUUAGGCUCAAAAUGACUGUGCAUUAUGACAGCAAAUCAAGAGCCUGGAGAUGCAGCCUGGUUCAGUCCAUGAGCUGGGUGCAUCCUUGAGCAUACAGUAUCCUUUCUGCAGCAUUACAAUGAUAGGUGCUGAAGCUGCUAUAAGGGUACUGGAGAUGUUCCAUAGGGCUCUUAGAGGCUGGCAUUUAUUGGAUACCAAAUGUUCAUGAAUGUAGGAUGCAUGUGGCUGGUGCCUGUAGAGCCUGACCAGGGUCCAACAUGGCAUACGUUUGUAGCAAGUGGUGCACUGAAUUUGUAAGACACCUGCUCUGACUUCCAUUUUGAGUUUUCUCAAUGUGUAGCUUGUUUGGCUAGUUUGGUAAGAUAGAUGCUAAACAUUAAUGAGGUGAGUUGGGCUGUGUCCAAGGCAUUUAACAAGCAAUUAUCCCCGGGAAUUGGCAACUCGCUGCUGCCUAGCAAGAAGGUCACCUUGCUGCAUCAGGAAGGCAUAAAAGAUGGAGUGAGAAGACCUUGAUGUCAAGAUUGGUCUUGCUGGACUUCUGGUCCAAUUUAAUCACAAAUAUAGCCAUUGGCCACAUUGUUCAGCCCCAUAUAAGAUUCCACCCAGUGUUUCAUUGCUGUGCUUCAGAUUCUUUUGCUAAUUACUUGAAAUAAGUGUCCUGGUAACCAAGCCUUUUGUCACUGGAAACAGUUCCAAGUUAUUUGCUUUACAAAAGCCUUGUCAUAGGUUUGAAUAUCUCUAUCAAAUCUUCUGUUGUGAAGCAAUUUGUUGAGGUAAAGAUCAAUAUUACACUAACUGUCUGGAAUAGAUUUGUGAGGCCAAUGUCCUACUUCUGUUUUUAUUUUAGAGAAGUGUACAACACUUGUUGAUCAAAUAAAAAGGGGAAGGUCUGUGACUGGAUUGUAUGUUGCAGUUGUUCAUGACCCAGGACAUUCUUUUAGACA